CAUUUCUUUGCUUCAUAAGCCAGAUAUCUUUAUGCAAAAACACUGUUAGGCUGCUGUUGUACCCGCUUUUUAUUAAAAAAUUUAUUUUUUAUAAUCAUUGUGUACAAAAGAUCCAAAUAUUAUGGCUAAAAACAAUAGUGCUGUGAUCACGGAUUGGAAACGGUUAUGGAAACUAGUGUCAGGUAUCCAUCACGAGACACCUGAGAGCACAGUCUUAAAAGAACUUCUUAAUGUUUCUUGCGAACUUCAAGAUGGUCUAUUACAGUUUAAAGGUACUGCCGCUUCAAAGACAAAAUUGGAAGCACUUUUAGCCGAAAAAAAGCAGGAAAAGUUGUUAGCGUUUACACUGAGAUUGCAGGAGUUGCUGGAUCUUGAAUCUGUUCAAUGCUGGGAAAUUCUUUGUUACUAUCUAACUAGUGAAUACAGGGGCACUGCUAGUUCUCUAGCCUCUUUAAUAUCCACUGAAAAUAAUAUGACUAAAUUACUUGAUGACAUUUGGGGUUACUAUACGUUAGAACGUAUGAUUGUUCUGAAAAUUGUAAAAAAUCUUUUGAUUUUCUACGAUGUACCGAGCCAUCCAUAUUACAAAGAAUAUAAAGAAGUUGUCGAUAAAAUUGGCAUAGAAGGACUUAAAGAAUCGUAUUUACAACAAUUAGAUCAUCUUAUUAACGAAGUGCCACCGCAUAAGAUAAAAGCAGGUGAAUUUUUCAAUUAUCAACAAAAAUUAAUAAACUGGUCAGAACGCAACGCUCGUGAGAUUGUUGAGAUAUCGCAUAUAUUGCUUCUUAUUUGUGAGCAUAUGCCUAUGAACUUUGCUGAUGUCAAACGUUUGUUUAGCUGUUUUAAGCAACAUUCUUUUGGGCGCCAACAAAACUAUUUAAGCGCUGGUAAUAGUUUACACACUGAGCUGUUGUCCCGUUUAGCUUAUUCUGAGUUGUCCCUGUUUUUGAAAUGCAUUGAUCUUGAGGAGCUGGAGCAGUCGAGGAAAUUGGCUACCGAUAUUGUUAAAAGUUUUGACAAAGAUGUAACACGUAUGUGUCAUAAUCCUGAAAACGGUCCUUUGUUAUUGGCUUGGAUGUUGGUGAACAUACGGUAUACCAACGCUUCGGAAAAUGAUCAGCAGUUGCUACGUUGCCGUCAAAUGGGCAUACGAGCAUUAGAUUUAAAUUGCUUUUCGUAUAUGAAUGAUAUGAUUUCAAACUCGAUAUUUAAGGACGAUUCAUUGGUCUCCCGUAUAGUACGCAAGACGGUUUACAAUAUGUUGUGCUGUAUGUGCGAUUAUUUUGAUGGCGACGGUUCUUGUUGUAAAUAUCCUUAUGUAUAUGACUUAUUAAGUGAACUAUUGACAUGGCCCAGUUUGGCUAAAGAUUUUUGUAGUACAAAGGAAAGUGGGGUUCAUUCUUUAUUUGCCACUCUGUUGGAAAUAUUUCCCAUUGAUUUUGUACAUUUGUCUAUGCUUGCUACUGCUUUGACAAAAGCUGGCAUGGGUAACUACGUCAAAAGCCAACUAGAAGCUUUGCCCAUAUUAACCGAGUUAUACGAUGAGUCUAAGUAUUUUUUGAAAAGUAAUCGUGAAAAUGAAUACGUCUUAAUGCAAAAGGUGCAACCAUUUCCUCACAUUGAUUUUGAAAUUCCAGUAGGAACAUCGGUGGCAAUCUGGAUGCGUGCUGAUGAUUGUUACGCUCACUUCCGUUUGCCAGUUAACUUUUUCAAUGUAUUGCACCAUGAAAUCAAUUGCUUAUUAAUUGAAACCGUAUACCAUGGCGAAUAUGAUAGUAGUGUGCGAGCACGUCGAGUUAAUGAAGGUCUGAAAUAUCUAUAUGUCACAUUAGGAAAGAUGAAAAGUUUGGCAGGUAUUACUACGGAAAUGGUGCAUCCAACUGAAAUGUGCAUUGAUCUAUUAAACAAAUUCAAAGAAGUGCAAUCACCGCCAGUAGAGUUAAUGGCCAAUUGCUUAAACGUCUGCACUGCACUAUUGCCUUUAGCUGAUGCUGAAAUUAUCGCAAGAGUCAUAAACUUGGCCAUAUUGCCACAGAUUAAUUGUGAUACAUUGAAAGAUUAUAAGAUGUAUGCGCAUGGUGUAAGCUUCGAUUCUGGUUUGGUUGGCUCUUAUUUGGUGAAUGUGGAGAAGAAACGAGAACGUUUCAACUUUUUGGUCGCUUAUUUGGGUUUCUUGCGCUCUUAUACGAAACUACAGAUAAAGCGUUAUUUUGACAUUGAAAUUCCUGGCUUAAUAUUUUUGUUAAGAGAUGUUUUCCCACAUAUGCAUGCUUGGCGUUUUGAAUCGAAACAAGAGAAAUUUAGGAUGUAUGCUGAAAUUAUGGGUUUUGUAUGUGACGUCCUUGAUGAAGUUGCAUCAGGUGACAUGAACAAACAAUCCUCCGAGCAAGUAUUGCUAAAAAAUAUAUGUGUAUAUAGCAUGUUAAAUUUAGAGAACGCUUUGAUUUUAUUGCGUUUCGUGGCCAUGGGUAAUGCUUACUUACAGCAUUCUAUGGAAAUGGAGGCUAAUUGGAUGCUACAACAAUCUCACGGCUUAGUUUUGCUUGUCCGUUUGGCUAUACGUAUUUUGAUGCAAGUGUUACGUUUAAGAAGUAGUGUUUGCGAAAGUAAUGGUUUAACUCCAUUAGAAGUAAUGGUCUACACUCAACCUAAGCAAAGGGACACGUUGAGAAUUAUACCCGUUGUAACAAGUUACAUGAACAAUAUAUUCGAUCGACGGUUGCCCAUAUUGUCUUGUCGUUUGCUGAAACGUAUUGCUUUAGAAUUCGACAUGUCUUUACUGGCCUGUUUAGAUAUGGAACCCGAUCAAAUACGCUUGACAUUUUUGCAAAAGCUACCCGAUGAGCUGGAAAGUGAUUCUCUAAAGGCCGCUAUUCUAGAAUUAGUGGAAGCUUGCGUAGAAAAGCAACCUGGGGUUACAGAAGCUUUCUUCAAAGUGAAUUAUCAGCAAGAGAAACGUAUUUUUGGUAAAGCAGGUGACACGGAAAUAGCUGAUAGCAUUGUCACUUAUAUCCAAGACUACCUAGACGCAGUAGGUAAGGAUCCAGAAAUUGUGGAACAGCUAUUGCCUAGUAAAAUUAUGAACUUAUUUCAUACUUUGUGGAAGCAGAAUAAGCAAUUGCUAAUAGAUGUUUUAAUUAAUAAAUCAAACUUCUGGGAGAAUUUAUGUCGACCUUUGUUCAGCGAUUUGAAAGAAAACAUACGCGUCUACACACAGCUUUUGAAUAUUCUGUCCAUUGAAAUAUUUAGCACGCCUCUUCGUGCGAAUGGAUCGUUUAAGAACAUUCUCGUAAAAUUUUUUGAAGUUAACCAAUUUAAAAAGUGGUUGGAUUUUGUUUUCAUCAUGCCAAAAGAGCCAUUCAAUGGUCCUUUGAAUGAGGAUCCACCCGAAUGGUUGUGUCGCUUGCGAGCUUUCAAAAGUUUUUUGUUGAUUCUGCUGAAAAAACAACCGCAAUUUGUUGAAGUGCCUACUAAGCAAUUUAAAAUACUGACUGAAAAAUGUUUGCCAAUUUUGGUGGAACGUUCCGAAUACGUGGAAGAUUUAAAACCUUUAGCACUGCUCUUCGAAUUGUAUCUGUUUAGUAUAAUGAAUUUAAAGCACACGCGUACGGAGAGUUCUGAAGAGGAUCAAAAGAUACUUCAGCAGGUUAACCAAUUGUUAAGCAAUAUCUGUUCUUGUUAUAUGGACCUAAGUAAUAGAGCUAAAGAUGCCUGUCUCUCCUUGACUAUUAAAUGUGCUGACCUUUUCGCUGAGAUAUUGACGCAGGAUUCACCGGCAUCUCUAAAUUUUUUGCAAUCUGUGGUUAAUAUUAUAUGCCAAGAGCUUCGCAAUCUAGAAAAUUGUAUAGGUGAUGAAGGCUGUUGUAAAGAAGCGGCGAGAAAAGAUAUGGCUAACGGUUUCUCAACAAUAUCUUCCAUUUUGUGUUUGAAUUUAUUGAAAACAGUGGCAACUAUUUUCCACAAUGACGGUGUUAGUAAUUGGGUUUUACCUUUUCUAUCAAACAAGUUAUUUCAGCGUUUACUUGCUUGCACAUCAUAUAUCUUACAAGAACAUAAGAACCAAAAACUUACUGUGGAAUUGUUAGAUGUUCUUCUGAUGUUUGCCAAAGGUAAUUGUUCUGCGGAGUUUUUGCACUGUGACGUUGGCGAAUAUUUAUGGCUAAAAUUACUGCCGCCCAAAGAAUUGAUACAAACAACGUUUAUGUGUUCAUUAACCCCAGAUCAAGUUGAAGUGUGGUCCGUAAACAAAUGGUGGCCUAUCUACGCCAGAGGCAUUGAGUUGGUUACAUUAUUAUUGCAGAAGCAUUCUCAUUAUAUUCUUAAAGAGGUUUUGCAAUUUGUUGGAAUACACGAAGAGUACCUAGUGGAUUCAUUAUUAUUAGGUAAACAGUCUCUGGAACCGAUAGCCAUGGAUUUGAUUAAAUGUGCCAUUACAUUAGUGGCUACUUUAGUCAAAUUUGAAAAGCAAUGGCGUCUGGAACAUUCACAAUCAUUGUUUAGUUUAAUGCGUGCCGCACAAAUGCUUUUGGGUCAUUCUAUCGCUAUGUUUCACCAACCAAGAAAUCUGAAGCUUUUAAUAAUAGGCCGUCGUUCACAAGUAGAUGUAACAUGCGACAGCGAAUCAUCGGGAUUGGUAGAAAAAGUUAUAACUGCCUUCAAUGAUUUGACUGAAAUUAUUAUCCUAUGUGUAAAGUGUUUACAACAGUUCAGUCCUACCUUGAUGUCUUUAUUGUGCGAACCAGAACUUUUAAUUUGCCAAUGGGAGCCAAUAUUUGAGAUACACUUCGGCGCUCCGAAAAUAAAUGAGAAUGCGAUUACGUUAAGUUUUGGAACUGUGCUAAGUAUAGUAGGAAUUUAUACGAAAGUUUUGAAUUUGCAAAAUUACGGUUUUCGCGAGGUACCACUUAAUGUUUUGUGCAACAAUGGAGAUAAUAUUGAAUCGAAUUAUAACAGUAAUAAGAGUAAAAACGGGUUGAUUUCGAAUUCAGCGUAUAAUAAUAAUAUUACGCCCAGAUCAUUUUCGAAAUCUCUAUCUGUGGCUUCUGUGUCUUCAGUAAAUUGUCCACCGAAUGAAUUACUUUCUAACUUGGACGGUGAGUUGUGCUUGACAGCUUUAGAACAUAUCUUGACUUUAGCGGCUUCACAAAGCCUACUGGCUUUGAAAAACCCUUUAUUGCGAACACGUGAGAAACAAUUAAUACGCCGUGAAGUAAGUAGUGAACUGUUGUCUUAUCAUGAAUUCGUACGUAAAAAAGUAUUAUUCGAGUACCGCGAUCACAAAGAAAUAUGGCAGCGCCGUAAACACGGACAAAUCCCAAUGCUGCAGGUACAUGGAAACGCUAAGGAUCCACAGCUUAGCACUUCCAAACAGGCGGCUGCAGCCAGAGCAAGCACACAACGCCGGUCUUUGCUUGAUUUGAGAGUGAAUGUUGUCCGACGUUUGCAUUUACAGCAACAACAGCAUCAGCGAAUGUCCACCCCAAUCCCUCCAAGCACCAAGGACAAUAGUGGUAGUUUUGAAAUGUCUCGUGUUUUAAGCCCGAUAGGGUUGACAAGAUGUAAAACUACGGCAUCCAUUGUCCCCAUGCCUAACCUGGCAAGUUCUUCUGCAAAGGAACAGAAAGUUGUCGAUUCUAAUGACGAAACAGAUCAGUCGGAGCAAGUUUUCGAAGAGGCAGAGGAAGACGUUCAAUAUUUUCCAGCUGAAGAACCGAAAUAUAGUCCAUUAUCAUACAUACAAUUUGUAGAAGAAGAUUAUUUGCACUUCAUGUCGAAUUUAUUCUUUAUUAUAUGUCAAAAUGAUUAAAAUUUAGAGAACAGAAAAGAUUGCUUUUGUAUACUUCGUUAUAACGACUGCCAAACGUUCACAAGAGUAAAUUGUUAAUACUUUAUUUAUAUUUUUGAUUGUGUUUUGGACAAUUGCACAGAAACUUCCAACUGAUAACAACUGUAGAUAGACAUAAUAGCGGCUUACAAAAUGUUAAGGAUGUAUAUGAUUGCCUUUUUUAUUACAGGAAGGAAUUAAAAUAAAAUUUUGUAUUUUUUUUUUUUUUGGCAAUUUAACGCCCUUUUGACAACUAA